AUGGUAGCAAAAUGGCUUCAUCGCUCUCGGGACAGCCUGCCCAGAAACACAACAGCGGCAGCAGUUUGUGAGCAACCCUCCUGGCUGCCAGGGGCUGCCGUUCCUGCCGUGCUCUGCUGGGGUUUUGUGAGGAGGAAAUGCAGCAUUGCUCCACUGGAACUGGCUCUUCCUGAAAGGGGCAGCGUGGCAGCGAUGGACAGCGCUGGGGACAGUGCAGGGCAGCCCCCAAGCCGGGCCAAGGUGACGGUGACCGUGUACAAGGACCUGGUGCUGCAGCACUACGGCUUCGAGAUCUGCCCUGGGCUGCCGCUGACCAUCGCCUCCGUCACUGCAGGGAGCACAGCUGACGGCAAGCUGCAGCCCGGGGACCAGCUCAUCAUGAUCAACUCCAGCACGGUGGAGGGCCUGUCGGUGGAGCGGGCCGCCAGCCUCAUCAGGGACGCUGGUGAUGAGCUGCUGCUGACCGUCCUGCGCUGCACGGCCGGCGGCCCGAAGUCGUCGUUCCUGACCGAGGAGAAGAGGGCGAGGCUGAAAACCAACCCGGUCAAAGUGCGGUUCGCGGAGGAGGUGCUGCUGAACGGACACUCGCAGGGCAGCUCCCUCCUGUUCAUGCCCAACGUGCUCAAGGUGUACCUGGAGAACGGGCAGACCAAGGCGUUCCGCUUUGAGAGCAGCACCACGGUGAAGGACAUCGUGCUGACCCUGCAGGAGAAGCUGUCCAUCCGCAGCAUCGCCCACUUCGCCCUGGUGCUGGAGGAGCAGUACAACCUGGCCAAGAUCCACCUGCUGCACGAGGAGGAGCUCAUUGCUCAGGUGGUCCAGAAGAGAGACUCUCAUGACUACCGCUGCCUCUUCAGGGUGUGCUUUGUCCCCAGGGACCCCUUGGACCUCCUGCAGGAAGACCCAGUGGCCUUUGAGUAUCUGUACCUGCAGAGCUGCAGCGACGUGCUCCAGGAGAGGUUUGCAGUGGAGAUGAAGUGCAGCGUGGCCCUGCGCCUGGCUGCCCUGCACAUCCAGGAGAGGAUCUCAGCCUGCGCCCAGCCCCAGAAGGUGUCCCUGAAAUACAUCGAGAGGGACUGGGGAAUCGAGAACUUCAUCUCGCCCACCCUGCUGCGGAACAUGCGAGGCAAGGACAUCAAGAAAGCCAUCAGCUACCACCUCAAGAGGAACCAGGUGCUGCUGGACCCUCGGCAGAAGCACACACUCAGCGCAGCCCAGGUGCGCCUCAGCUACCUGCAGAUCCUGGGGGAGCUGAAGAUGUACAGCGGGAUGAUCUUCAAUGCCACCAUGAUGCUGCAGGACCGGGAGUCGUACGUGGCGCUGCUGGUGGGCGCCAGGCACGGCGUGAGCCAGAUCGUGAACAGCAAGCUGAACAUCGCCAGCAGCCUGGCCGAGUUCCCCAGCAUCAGCAGGGUGGAGCUCAGCGAGGACUCGGAGCGCGUCAGCACCGUCAAGAUCUACCUGCAGGACCUGAAGGUGCUUACUCUGCUGCUGGAGUCAAACAGUGCAAAGGACCUCGUGUGCCUCAUCGCUGGCUACUACAGACUCCUUGUGGAUGCAAACGCCUCCAUAUUCACCUGGGGAGAGAAACAGCAGCAGCUGCACCGCGUCUCAGCUGAGGAAGGCUAUGAAUCCCGAGGCUGCAGCGACUCCGAGGGCUCCUGCGAGCCGGGUCCGGGCUCGGAGCGGCGCCCGGGGAGCCCCGCGGCGAGCAGCGGCGCGGCACCGGGAGCGGCGGAGCCCCGCGGCCCCGCGGCGAGCGGCGACACCGGCGGCGACAGCGCCUCCGAGGCCUCCGAUUCGGCCAACGCCGAGAGCCGCGGCUGCAGGACCAGCGGCUCCAGCGACUCCGCGGAUGCGCUGGAGGAGGAUGAGGCGGACGCGCGCCCUUCCUCCCGGCCGGGGCCGCUGCGGUUCUGCACGCCCGCCGUGCGGGACACGGGCGGCUCCGAGAGCGGCUCCGAGCCGGGGCGCGCCGCGGGCAGCCCCGCCGGCACGGGCGGCGGCACCGGGGACGGUUCCUGCUGCCCGCAGGCGCGGCCCGGUGGCGGCCCCGCGGGGCAGGGCCAGGCUCCGGCCCCGCCGCCCGAGGGGAGCGCCAAGGGCAGCCGCGGCCGCAGCCCGGGCUCCGCAGCGUCCCCCGCCCCGGGGACAGCGGGGCGCGGCGAGCCCGUCCUGCGGCCGCCGCCGGGGUUCGCCGAUUCCAGCUCCGAGGAGGAGUUCUACGAUGCUGCGGACCGGCUCAGCCCGCCGGCAGGCUAUGAUGCAGCAUCCUGGGAGGGCGCAGGGAGCUCCUCCUGCAUCCCAAAGAGGCUGAGGUGCUACAGCUUGGGGGAGAACCCCUCGACCACGGAGAAGCAGGGCCAGGAGAGGGAGCUGACCUGCAGCAAGAGCCUGAGGAAGAGAAGGUCCUUCCUGAAAACUGAUUACACCUCACAGGUCAGCUUCCCUGCAGCUGCCCCAGGCUCCGCACAGCGCUGCUGCUCCUGGCCACCCGCUCAGCCCUCGGCAGAGGACACGGGGAAGGACGUGGAGAGGGGGAUUCCUGCAGCCCCCCAGGCCCAGAGGGACACUGCUGGCACAGAGCCCUGCUCUGCUCCGAGGGACACGCAGCCUGGCACCACGGGGACAAAGUCGGUGAUGGAAUGGCUGGUUUCCUCCCUUCUGGACAUUCACCCUCCCGGUGGCCAGGGUGGGGAGGAGGAGAGCAGCCUGCAGCCACAGCAGCCGCCUUUGCUGUCCCUGGAGCCCCUUCCCCACAGUGCCAGGGGAGCUGCCCGGUGGAGCUGCCCAGGGGAGGCAGGUCCCGGGUGCGGGAGCCACGAGAACCCUGUGCCCACUGCGGGCUGGCAGAGCCCAGUGCCACAGGAGGAGCGGGGUGAGGUGGUGCCUGCCCGGCACAAGGCCGGCGUUGUGCCCUCUGCUGUUGUGUGCCCUUCUGACGAGCUCCUGCUGCUGCCACCGGCUCCUGUGCCCAGCACGGCCCCUCCCCGGGAGCUGGCCCAGGGGCAGGGGCUGCUCCCUGCCAGGGUGGAGCCGUCCCUGGCUCCCUGUCGGGAGAGCAAAGCCCAUGGCCAGAGCUGUGCCCCUGACAGGGGCGCUGCUGAUGGUCAGGGCCAUGGUGGGAGUCAGGGCUGUGCUGAUGGUCAGGGCUGUGCCCAUGGUCAGUGCCACGCUGAUGGUCAGUUCCACGCUGACAGCCAGGGCUGUGCCCAUGGUCAGUGCCAUGGCGAGGGCCAAUGCCAUGCUGAUAGUCAGGGCAGUGGGGCCGUGUCCCGGGCCGGGGGCUGGCAGGGGGUGAGCAGGCAGAGCCUGCUGAGGGUGCCCGAGGGGCACACGGGGCUCCCAGACACAGCCCAGCUCCUGGCAGGCUGCAGCAGCGCCCCGGGGGCUCUCACCCGCCUCUCCUGGCUGGCACUGGGCGUGAGGCCAGCCCCCGUGUCACACAGCCUGCAGGACAGGGCCAAUGUCCCCCUGGAGCCCCGGGGCUGUGUGAUGCCCAGCGGGUGCAGCGGGGCCGGUGCUGGUGGCAGGAAGGCGCCCGCGUCCCCGGCAGCAGGAGCAGGCUGUGCCGGGGAGCUGGCGGGCAGCUCGGGGCCGGGUGCGGGGCAGCCCGGGGAUGCAGGGCGGCCGAGAGGUGCGGGGAUCGUGGCGCGGCAGCAGCCGCAGCCCGCCCGGGCUCCCCUUGCCUCCUGCCUGCCUCCGGCUGCAGGGCUCUCCAUCUCCCCGGUGCCAGCUGCCCCGGGGACAGGAGCAGGAGGCCACGGGGCUGUAACACACUCGUUCCCCUGUUUUAACCCCGAGGAGGGUGAGCAGACCCCUCUGUCCCCCGUGCCACACGGGCUGGAGAGCUGCGGCUGCCGCCUGCCCUACAUCAGCUGCUUCCCACAGCCCCACAGCCAGGGGCAGGGUGAAAGCAGCCCCCCCCAGCUGCCAGGGCCCCUCACCCGCUCCCCCUCCAGCAGCUGCAGCCUUGCCAGGGCCCCCGGGGGCGGUUUGCGCAUUGCCGGGGGCAGGGCAGGGCAGCAGCCGCCCCUCCGGGCGCUCGGGCAGCUGCAGCAGCAGGCGCGGGCCAGCCCCGCGGAUCUCUGGCGCUUCCUGGCCUACACCGUGGAGCUGCAGCAGGUUGUGGGGCAGCUCUGCGGGAGCCCGGCCGCCCACCGGCACCGCCAGUGCGCGGAGCAGGGCGCGGAGAGCAAGGGCGCCCUGGGCUGGGCUUCCCAGGACCUGCUGUCCAGCUGCCAGGCGCUGCUGAGCGCGGAGCAGCCCCUGCCCGAGGUGCAGUGCGCCCUGAGAGCCACCUUCGACCGCCUGGUGCAGCUGGCAGUGACCUGCUUCCAGGUGGCACACUGCCAGCACUGCGGGCAGCGCCAGCAGGAGCUGGGGGCGGCGCUGGGCCGCGUGGUGGGCACCUACCAGCGGCUGGUGCAGGCCCUGCAGCAGCAGCUGCACGGGCAGGUGUGCCCCGAGCUGGGCACCAAGCUGCUGGCCCGCCAGCACAUGGCCCUGGCCGCUGCCAUCCUCUGCCUCCUGCAGCAGUUCAGGGCGUCCCCGAGGCUGUGA